AAGAUGGAGUCUGAGGGUGUAUGAAAAUUUUCAAAAUUUCAAUAAUUAUAAUAAAUAUCUCCAUUCAUAUGAAUCAAAAUGGUAAAAUAAUAAGUGCAAACUAACGUUGACAAUACCACUCACAAUGUCAGAGGACAAAGAUAUCCUAAAUCUAACAGAUGACGAAGAUAAUGACGAUUUUGAGGAAGAAUCUCAACUUCCUGAAAUUUCCGGCAUUCUAAACAAAUGGACAAAUUACAUUCAUGGUUGGCAAGAUAGAUUUGUGGUUCUAAAAGAAGGAACACUGAGUUAUUACAAGUCAGAGACUGAUACUACAUUUGGAUGUAGAGGAGCAGUUAGUUUAGCUAAAGCUAUUAUCACACCUCAUGAAUUCGAUGAAUGUCGCUUUGAUGUUAGUGUCAAUGACUGUCUUUGGUAUCUCCGCACUGAGUCUGUAGAAGAUCGUCAGAGAUGGAUAGAUGGACUGGAGUUACAUCGUCAGGCAGAGUCAGGCUAUGGUAGUGAGAAUUCAUUAAGACGUCAUGGCUCCAUGUUGUCCCUAACCUCAGCAGCUAGUCUCUCCACAACUUCUACUUCAUCUUUCAAGAGGGGCCGUGGAUUGAAUGAGAAGUUGAUGGAGAUGGAAACAUUCAAGGAUAUUCUCAGUAGACAAGUUGACACUUUACAGAACUACUUCGACUCUUGUGCCUCAGCCAUUUCCAAAUCUACCAUUCACGAUGUUGCCCAUGAUGACAUAGAUGAGGUUGAUGACUAUGAUCAGCCAUCUCUGGACCAAGCAGACAAUGCUGCUGUUACAGACAAAGAAAUAUCAAAUGUCCUACGUCAACAUGGUGCCCAUGCAUUGGACUUCAAGGGUGAAGCUUUCACAUUCAAGGCUACAACAGCAGGCAUAAUUGCUACGCUCAGCCAUUGUAUAGAGUUGAUGAACCAGAGAGAAGAAGCUUGGAGAAAACGAUUAGAGAGGGAAAUAGAAAAGAGGAAAAAAGUAGAAGAAGCGUACAAGUCACGAUGUGCUGAGAGACAAAUUAAACCUAUUGUAAUCGGUGGUCCAGAUUAUGAGGCAAGUCCUCAUUGUGCCAUCAAUGAGGAUGAGUUCUUUGAUGCAGUGGACGCAACACUUGAUAAACUUGAGAAGGAAGAAGAGAGGAAACAAACCAGACCACUGAAAGCUGUAGACAGGCCCCCCAUCAUUUCUCUGGACCCCAAACACCCACUUUAUAAUGAGAUCAAUUCGGUGAUAGCUGAGCAUAUGAGGUAUGCUGACAUGGAUCCUAAGACCAUGGAGGAGACAUGGCCUCUCAUAUAUGAGGAAGGAGACAUGAGAGUCUAUAAACGUGAGAUCGAGGAAGAUGGGAUGAUAGUAGACCCAUUGAAGGCUAUCCACACUGUCAGUGGAGUGACAGGACACGAGAUAUGUCAUUAUUUCUACAAUCCUGAAGUGAGAAUGGACUGGGAAGGGACACUAGAAUCCACCAAGACAAUGGAGUAUCUUUCAGAGGAUUCUCUUGUCACUUAUCAGGUACAUAAGCGAGUGUGGCCAACAGCCCAAAGGGACACCUAUUUCUGGUCUCACAUCCGACAUUGUCCAAGCGAAGAUGAUUCAGAAUCGGCCGAUUACUGGGUCGUAUGUAACCAUUCCACUGAUUACAACGAGUCUAAUUGCCAGAUGGUGGCUAAAUGUGUCAGGGUGCUAUUCAAUGUGGCUUUGAUAUGUCAAACUAUAGUAGAGCCCCCACCAGCUGGCAAGGAGAUCAGCAGAGACAAUCUCAGGUGUAGAAUACAAUAUUCUGCUAAUGUGAACCCAGGAGGUUGGGCCCCAGCGUCAGUAUUACGAGCAGUCUACAAGCGAGAAUAUCCUAAAUUCCUAAAACGCUUCACGCAAUACGUCAUAGAUCAAACUAAGGAUAAACCAAUCAUGUUUUAAUGUAACAUUCACUCCAUAUGAUCAUAUUGCAGUAACAGACUGGACUGUGAUGUCAGGAAAGUGUGAUGUCAAGUUUGUGAUGUCAGGGCUGUGUCACUUGAAAUGUGCACAUAUGUCAAGAGGACACAAAUAAUUUCAGGCUCACAUAUUGAUUUCACAUUUAAUGCAAGAAGCCUUUGGGGUCACCCUAUAAACAAAAUUGACACGGUCUAUAUGUCACACAUAAUGUUGUGGUGUCACAUAUAAAGCUUUGUAUUGUCACACAUAAAGUUGUAUGAUGUCACACAUAAUGCUGCUGUGUAUCACAUAUAUUGCUGUGUGUUGUCACACAUAAUGCUAUAUGAUGUCACAAAUAAUGCUGUUUUGUCACAUAUAUUGUUGUGAACUGUCACACACUGCUGUGUAUUGUUACAUAUAAUGUUGUGUGGUGUCACACAUAAUGCAGAGCUUGUAAAGGGACCACUCAGAGUUGUAUCAACAAACUUAUUCACUUAACACAUGUUACAAGUAUAAUAGAUUCUCUCGUUGGACUCAGAAAAAUAUCAAAUGAGUGACAUACCUCUAAGUGGAACCUCUGAAUUUUGGAAAAAAGAAAAAUAAUGAUAUUGCAAUCUCUGACCACCACUUGCCUUUUGUACAGGUUUAGUGAAACUUUGAAACCAGUUGAAUUGAGUCAAACCUUGAAAGGUCAAAAUAAACACCGGAACUCUCACCAAAUCACUUUUGUUCUAAAACCCCAUGUCUGAAUGUUUUGUCUGUUCAAACUCAGUGGGGGGAGGUUAUGUUAAAGUCAGGUAUAAAGGCCUAAAAAGACACAAAUAUUUUGCCAAUAAAUGAUAUGUACCAUGCACAUAUGUGUAUAAUACAAGAAUAUGGAACUUCUUCACUCAACAUCAGGGGUAUAAAGGCCCCUAAGCACAAAUCAUGCACAAUGUUCUAUGACUUCUAAUGAUCCCAAUCAGAUUAUAACUGUAUCUGAUAAGUAUCAAAAACACUUUGGAGAAAAAAUGUGAGACCUUUACCUGUUUACAGUAUAUGGAGAUGUAGUUGAAAUACUGAAAGUGCUAGUGUGGUGAAAUGUGGAUGUAUUUUACAAGUCAGUUUGAAAGGUAUUUAGAGUAGAAGCUUCAGUUCUGAUUAUGACAUGCUUGUAACAAACACCAAAAUAAAGAUUCCAGUGU